CCAGAAAUGAGCGUUAAUUACGGAGCCCCUGCUGGGGCGAUACCGAGGCGAUCGCCUGCCAUUGCCACCACCCAGGGGCGUGCGGCGGAUUUAUCGGAUCCGGCGAGAAAGGAAAUCUCCGCUAGUAGCGAGGAGUGGUUCUGUGAUCGGAAUGAUCCCCUGGGCCUGCGGGAGACUUGGAUCAGGGCAAGGGCUUCGGUCCGAAAGCUGGUAGAAAAAGAGAAGAAGAAUAGUCUUGUCCGGCAACAGAUCAGAGGAGAUCGGGAUCCCUUUUGUUCGGGCAUUGUCAAAAUCAAAGCCAGGAUGGAGCUGCUAAGGCAGGAUCUGGGGAUUGGUAUCUCGAUUGGGAAUCAAGAAUCAGAAGGAAACGAUUGUGAUCCCUUGUGGAGAGCAGAUCCGCCUGAUAAAGGAAAGGGAGGAAAUCACCCACGGGAGGGGAGGGGAUCCGGGGCUGAUGGGGAAUCGCAUCAUACGAUCAAUCAACCGAUUCAGGCACAAGGAAAGCAAGGUUCCAUGAGUAUAAAGGUGCAUGAAGAGGAGUCGUCCAUCACACAAUCUGCGAGAAGAGCUGUCACAACCAACCCCCUGUCUGCAAUGGCUGGCCAGGACCAACGCAAGAACAAGGCAGUGAUGGACGCGAGUGAGGAGGUCACCUCCAAUGGCAAGCCAGGGAUGGGGCACCGUCCCUUACUCCGGGGCGGCUCAUCCAGGGGCCGGGGCGAUGGCUUCCGUACCCCCGUUGGCCAGGGGGUGACCGGCAUUCAAGCAGCAAGGUAUGAUGAAAGGGAGCAGGUUGUGGCUCCUGUGUUUCCUGUCAGCAUGGAAAUACAGGCGCCAAAUGUUGUGCAGCUGAAUCUAGCCAGAGAGAGGACGGCAAUGCGCUCGAGGUGGAUAGCCGUCGGGCUGUUCUUCUCUGUGCAGGUUUUCGGCUUCGUGGGCUUGUUCAACGAGCUCAAGAGCAAGUGGGGGCUUCGUGGGCGCCUCAACUACACACCUAUGAAGAAUAACCGCUUCCUCCUCGAGUUCGAGCGGGAGGGGGACCUUCGGUUCAUCCUCAACAACGGCCCCUGCACGCAGAAGGGCGACGCCUUCCUCAUGGUAGCUGUGGACGGGAGCGCACGGCCGGGAGACGUGGAGGUUGCCCACAUGGCAAUGUGGGCUCGCAUCUAUGAUGCCCCACCGAUCAUGCUUUUUGAAUCGGUGGCUCGUGAACUCGGCGCUGAGCUCGGCGAGGUGCUGGAAGUGGACGCAGACAGUGAGGGCAGGAUAUGGGGUAACUACAUGCGAGUUCGUGUUAAUCAUGAUGUCGAUGAACCUAUCCGUAGCAAGUUGGAGUCAUAUGAUAGUACUGAGGGGAAGUGGUAUGAGCUGAAUGUAAAGUAUGAAAGGCUUCCUAGGUUCUGUAGCUCAUGUGGUCAUCUAGGUCACAGUCAGCGCGAUUGUAAGCUGCCCGAAGAUCUCCAAGAGAUGAGAUACUCGGCAGCAAUGCGCGCAUCCCCAUUUAAGAGGAGUAGCAGUAGGGGUGGAGUCAUUGUACCAGAGGCGAGCAGUGCCCGUCGCUUCCUCCUCUUUGACUCAGAGGCCAAAGGAACACCAGUUGAGGCCACCAAAAGGUCACUGGUGGUAAGGCCUGGAAUGGUUCCUGAGGAGGUGUUGGCAGACCCUCUAGUACAGGAAGCCAUUGAGGCUGUAAGCGCUCUCUGCCUGGACGCGGGAAGAAAUGGGGGCCCUGCCGAAGCACUGAAAUCAAAGGAUGCAAUAGCAGCGAAUAUCAUUCAGGCUGGAGCAAUGUCUGAUGGAGACAAAACCCCACGGGGCUAA